GGUAGCACCUCCUGGGUGCAAAAUAAUCCCCGAGGCUGCUCAAGACAUGCAGAGCUCGGAGCAGAAAGAAGCCCCGCCGGCGACUAUUGCACGCGAGGAGGUGGAGGAGAAGGCGCCUCCGAGCUCCGCCCGCUGCGGGGGGCUCAGCGGGCCGGCCGUUGGCAGGGAAGGGGAGCCGCCAGCCCGUGCAAAUACCCGAAGGUCUUCUUCGGUGGCUAAGGCAGCAGAAAACUUUAUCCGCGGCUCUUCGCCGCCGCCGCCGCCCUUUAAGGUGGUUUGGACGCCUUUGCGCAAAAGCCUCUGCGUUUCGCUCGGCUGAAGAAUCCUAUUGGGAAAAGGCUCCGGUGGGCUCAGCUUUGGAUAAUCUCCGAGGGGGGCGAGCCGUCGUGGGUGGACUCCCCCCCCUGCCCUGCACCUCCGUCUGUUAAGUUAAAACAAAAUAUUCGUGUUUAAGAUAGCUGCUUAAUGAGAAUAGAAUGCUCUAAUUAUCGGACGUUGGGCGCUUGUGUGUGGCUUUGGUCGUUCUCUGGCUCUUUUCCUGAAAACAGCCGAGGUGGUGAUGAUGGGAGACAAAUUGAGCUCCAGCCUUUCCGAGUUUGAAGAGCCACAAUGAAAAGCGAAAUGUAAUUUUUUGGCUACAGUGAUUUAAGAGUGAAGGGAACUGCUUGCACCAUGUCAGAAUUCUGGUUAAUAUCAGCACCUGGAGAUAAGGCAAACCUAAUAGCCUGGGACAGGAUGAACACAGUGACUGCCAAAGCCAACCUGUCCUGCAACAGCAAGUUCAUCAUCCCUGACCUCAAGGUGGGGACCCUGGAUGCUCUCGUUGGCCUCUCAGAUGAGUUGGGGAAACUUGAUAGCUUUGCUGAAAGUGUAAUAAAGAAAAUUGCCCAGUAUAUUGGAGAGGUUAUGGAAGACUCAAAAGACAAAGUUCAGGAAAACCUGUUGGCAAAUGGAGGAGCGAAGGCUAAACUACAAUUACUAAAGAUUGACUUGAUCAGUUAUCUGACGAGGUUUGAGUGGGACAUGGCUAAGUAUCCUAUAAAACAGCCGCUGAAGAACAUUUCAGAAGCAUUAGCAAAGCAAAUUACACAAAUAGAAACAGACAUGAAAAACCGAGCAGCUGUGUACAACAACAUCAAAGGAAACCUUCAGAAUCUGGAAAGGAAAACUGUGGGAAAUCUUUUGACACGUACGCUAACGGAUAUCGUGAACAAAGAAGACUUUGUGUUGAAUUCAGAGUAUCUCAUCACUCUCCUUGUUGUAGUUCCCAAAUCAAGCUAUGUACAAUGGCAAAAAACAUACGAAUCUCUUUCUGAUAUGGUGGUUCCUCGCUCUACGAAGAUGAUUACUGAAGAUGCAGAGGGAGGACUCUUCACAGUAACACUGUUCCGAAAAGUGAUUGAUGACUUUAAAGCCAAAGCAAGAGAGAACAAGUUCAUGGUGCGGGAAUUUUAUUACGAUGAGAAAGAGCUGAAAUGUGAAAAGGAAGAAAUGAGGAAGUUGGCUUCUGAUAAGAAGCAACAGUAUGGUCCACUAUUACGUUGGUUAAAGGUGAACUUCAGUGAAUCAUUUGUGGCCUGGAUUCACAUAAAGGCUCUUAGAGUUUUCUCAGAAUCUGUCCUCAGGUAUGGCCUACCAGUGAAUUUCCAAGCAAUGCUAAUUCAGCCCAACAAGAAGUCCACAAAGAGACUGAGAGAUGUCCUUAAUGCAGUCUUCAAACAUCUGGAUGAAGUAGCAGCAGCCAGUAUAAUGGAUACUUCUAUGGACAUUCCUGGCUUGCAACUAGGCAAUCAAGACUACUAUCCUUAUGUCUACUUCAAGAUUGACCUCAGUAUUCUUGAGUGCAGCUAAUAA